CUCAGCGCCUCCCCUCCCCCCGCCCUCCCGUCAGAGCGCAGGGCCCGCUGCGCGCGCAGCGCGGGGAGGCGGGAAGGGGCGGGAACCUAAUGGCGGCCGCCUGAGUGGCUGCUGUAAAUAAGGCCAGUAUAGAACAGAAAUCCAUCUUUUCCCACACAAUUUACAGUCCAAUCAGAGAAGGAAAAGUGGCAGGAGAAACUAUUAUCCAGUCAGUGACCAGUGUGAUGUCUUGUAGGUUUUGAACUAUAGCUCAGGAGGAAGAUGAAAGAUAGCAUCCCCGAAGAACAUUUAUAUUUGGGUUUGUCUCAUGAGUACAAAGAUAGCAUCUUUCCUCUUCAUACAUCUAUUUCGCUGUUUUUGCUGUCCUACUGUGACUGCAAAUUAUUCAAAAUUUUCUUAGUGCCGACUGGUGAAGAUGUGGACAAUCAGUUUGUGACAAAAAACCUCCUUGGCGAUCUCGAGGUCCAUUUAAUCUCCAGAUGCCAGCUUCCUAUGGUCGUGCAGAGCUGCUGUUUACCUGCUGUUGUCGCGAAAGACGGCAAGUUCUGUCGAGCUGGGCUUGCCGUUGUCUUAAGGCAUAUAAUACAGAAAACAUAUGAGGCUGAUCCAUCUAAAAAGUAUGUUUUGGAACUCCUGGGCUUUAAGAAGACCUGCUUAAAAGCCUGUGCUGAGGUUAGCCAGUGGACCAGACUUUGUGAGAUCAGCAUACCUCUGGCUGUUGAAGGAUUUUUGACGGCAUCUCCCGAGCACUGUCAGGCUGUCCCUGCUGACAUUUUACAGCUUGAAAGAAAACUUGGAGAACCUGUCCGAGUGCACAACGAUGACAAAAUACGAAGGCAAAAACUUCAACAACAGAAGGCAGGUGCUAAGGCUGCGGUGCCUGGACUCAGUAAAGAAGCGACAGAGGAAGGAAAAACAGCAGAGGUAGACGAUCAUCCACUUCCAAGUCUGGAACUGAGCGUAGCUUUCUCCAAGCUGCAUGUCCAGGAAACAUCAAAUGCGCUCCGAGAGGCCCCUGUCAUCAGGAGAACAAAAACCUCUGACCUUCCGCCUUUGGACCACAUUUUUGCAGAGGGGCUUUAUUUUACCUUGGCAGAUAUAGUGCUUCUGCCGUGCAUCCAUCAGUUCUUGGUUCACAGCAAAAAACAAGGAAAAAAUCUGGGAAACUUGCCUCUGAUAUCCAGUUGGUAUCGAAGAGUUCAAGAAGUACCUGGAAUAAAGAAAGCUGCUGACAAAUGCAGUAUGCAGCUUCUCCAGCUUCCAGAGUUGAUGCCUGCUCCAGAGGAACAGCUACAAGACUUCUCUUCAGUUCCUGAUGAGUUAGAAGAGGAGCAUGAAGACAGUCAUUUUAUAGGUGGUCCAAGGCCAACUAUGACUAAGUUAAUGGAAAGCGGUAUUGAGGCAAAAUUUUCUCCUCAUCCGUGCCCUAACUGGACUAUAGACUGGAGCAAUCUCCCAUCAGCAGUCAGUCCUGGAGAAGCCAGGUGUUAUCUCUACAACUAUGCAAAUCCAGACGAUACAGAGCUUCCCAAAGGCAAUGCUGACAGUGCUGAAGGAGGUGUCAAUUCUGACCCAGAUCAGCAACGCCAUUUGAUGCAGAAUGUUCUGCCGGUGGUUGAAGUUGGAAAAGAAAAGAACAGCCGAGUGUAUUGCUCUCAAGACUGGCAAUUUGUUUACAGCAGAGGAAAGAUGUCUAGCGACCGGGCUCUGAGGAAACAGCAGCAAUUGAAUAAUUUGGUAGCAGCAGUGACAAAGCUCGCUAAGCCUGGAGAUGUGAUUGUGGAUUUUUGCAGUGGAGGGGGGCAUGUGGGAAUUGUUCUUGCUUACAUGCUGCCAUCAUGUCAGGUGGUGCUCAUAGAAAAUAAGGAGUUAUCUCUGAUCCGUGCUAAAGACAGAAGCGAUGAACUAGGUUUAAACAACAUCUCAUUCAUUCAAGCAAAUCUGGACUAUUUUAAUGGGACUUUUAACAUUGGGGUGGCUCUGCAUGCAUGUGGAGUGGCAACAGACAUGGUGAUUGAACAUUGCAUCAAGGCGCGGGCAGCCUUUGUCAUCUCCCCGUGCUGUUAUGGCUUCAUUCAGAACACUGUGAAGUUUAAAUAUCCACGAAGUAAUCAGUUCAAAGAAAUUUUAUCCUACAAGGAGCACAUGAUCCUUUGCAGGUUUGCAGAUCAGACAGCUGUUCAGCUUCCACCCGAACGCAGGCUAGUAGGCAAGCAGUGUAUGGGGCUUGUGGAUCUCGAUCGGGCCUGGGCUGCAGAAGGAAGUAACUACUCUGUCCAAGUUAUAUCUAUGGAGCCAGAGAGCUGUUCUCCAAAGAACAAUAUGUUUGUGGGCACCCCGACUUAGAGUGUGAAGCUCAUACUUGAUUUGAAGUCGAACAUAAAUCCUCAGUGCGUAACAACAUCCAGCAGAUCCAAGCAUAGCUGGGAAGCAGAUAUCAUGCAUCUUGAACCCAUUGUGUUUGGAAAAGGAAACAGCAUGAGAAGUUUUAGAAAAUGAACUGCAUGCAGGGAAUUAUAGCUUGUAAUGUGUCAUUAGGCAACUUUUGGUGGUUCUUACUGAGAAGUCUCUACAACUGUUGAUAGUAUCCCAUCUGUCUGCAGAGGUUUAGAAAAAAGGUGGUCUUAGAGAAGGGAAGGUGAUUCUCUUCGCAGUAGAGCUGUCUUGGCUGCUUCAAAAUUGUAUUCAUGUUCAAACCUUCAUUUGUGCUCAUUGGCAGAGCAGUUAUCAGCCAGUUAUGCAGAUCACUAGAGGAACAGAUGGAAUUUAUGGUGGUAGUGAGGAAGGUUGUGCAACAGGUGGUGGCUUGAUUUCGCUAAAGAAUUCCAUCCUACUUCAGCAAGAUUAUUUUUAGUAAAAGUUUUUGAGAAUACUUUGAUCAUCGUUCUGUAUAUAGAAAAAAUGUACUCUAACCUAAUAAUCCUUUUAAAAAUGAUUUAAUUUUUUUUUUUAAUUUUAUCUUUGAAUUUUACACAGUAAUUCUGUAACCAGACAAUCGAAAGUGAGUAUUUAAAGAAAGAAAACCCUUAUUUCUCCAUCGACAAGAUAACAGGAGCUAGUGAUGAUAUCAGCAAACAGCUACUUCACUGCCACCUCUACUAGUUGAAGUGGAUUGCUUUCCAUUCUUAAGAGACUUGCUGUCAGAUGCAAUUUUUAAGACCAGCUUGUGUCUGUACACACAUUCUUCGUUUAUUUUUAUAUUCAAUUUAAAUUUGAACAAAGUUGCAGUUGUGGAACCAUUUGAAAAGGUCAACAACAGACUUGUUACUGUAAAAUGAAAAUAAAUGUUCUUCUGUGCUUUUACUAGUAAA